AUGCCCCAGAAGCCCUCGGAUCUUCUGAUAGCCAGGGAUAAACGGCUUCUCAAUUCCCAUAUCCGAAACGGUGUUGCCAUGCAGCAGUAUAUCAGCAUGUACACUUCAUGGCCCUCCGGACUGGCAUCAUUGCUGAAAGCAGGAUUCGAGAAAAGCAGACAAGCUUUCGAGUGGGCCGGCGCGGCUGAUUGUGUAGAAAGCGUCCAGCUCCUCCUAGCAACCAAGGGCUCGUUUCUGGGAGAAGAUGCGAUGGUGCAAGUGGGUUUUAACAGCGAUCCCCACAUCAUGGAGUUGAGAAAGUUAUAG